CUCCUGGCCGCUCUGUGUGAAGGCUCACACUGCUGCUUCUCAUACAACCCGCCGCUGGUGUUCUCCGUAUUGUGUCACCUACAUUGUCCGUAAAAGCGAGUCCCGAAUUUACAAAACAGGUGCCACUGUAGGUAGAAAGCGGGCAAACGCUGGUCUUGCGUAGUUUCCAUAAGCGUGUCAUUACAGAAUGGAGGCUAAUGUCAGGCAUUCGUGAAUGCUAGUGCUAACGCUGCUGUUUCCAUAGUGCGGAUCAUACUAUUACCGACGAAGGAAAUACAGAAAAAAAAAAGAAAUGUAACUUAAGUACAGAAAUAUGACUGUGUAUGUAGAUUAGUGAGUGUGGGCCCCAUAUCUGGUACCAGUGAUAUACCUGGAGGUGUAGCCGAGCACCACCUCGCUAUGACAGGUGUGUGGCUGCUGCUGCUCCUCGCCACCACACUCACCCACGCCAAGAUCAUACAGCCAAAGAAGGGACUCGAGUCAAGUCCGCUAACAGAAGUGGAGGCGCUGGAGGGUGGGCGGGCGCUACUCCCCUGUGACGUCACGCCGCCCCUCUCCACAGACGACACUAUUCUCGUCCUCUUCUACCGCGGCUCCUUCGGUACGCCCAUAUACAGUAUCGACGGACGUGAUGGUCCUGUUAGUGGAGGUCAACACUGGUCGUCCGAGGCAGCACUGGGUAACCGAGCCCACUUAGACCUUACCACCCGUCCUCCCGGUCUGGUGGUUCAACCAGUACUGGCCUCAGACCACGACCAGUACAGGUGUCGGGUUGACUACCGCUCCCACCCCACUAGGAAUGUCCGCGUCCAGCUGCGCGUUGUUGUGCCGCCGCGGAGGUUGACGGUGGUGAGUGAGGCGGGACUGGAAGUGAGCGGCGUCAUCGGGCCCUACCCCGUCGACUCCUCCCUCACCCUACACUGCAGGGCUGAGAACGGACGACCCCCUCCUUUGGUAACGUGGUGGACUAAGACGACCCUGCUGGACGACUCGAGUGAAGAAAGACGAGGGGAUGUUAUCCUGAACACCUUGACUCUGCCUACCCUCACCCGAGCUGACCUGUAUCGUGUUAUCACUUGUCAGGCUGUCAACUCCAAGCUCUCGGUUCCCAUGGCGGUGAGCCUCACUAUUGACAUGACAUUUCCACCAAUCAGUGUUAAGAUCGCGGUGCCGCUUGACAGUCUAGCUGAGGGUCAACGGUACAAGAUGGUGUGUGAGUCGUCAGGCAGUAGACCCAAGGCUGACAUCACUUGGUGGAAGGACGGCAUGCUGAUGACAGACGCCACUUUGCAGGUGUACCAAGAAGGUAAUGUGAGCCGGUCCACGCUGCAGCUGACACCCACACUGGCAGACCACGACACUUAUAUUUCGUGUCGGGCUGAGAACCCCCUAUUGACAGCUCAAGUUAUUGAAGACGUCCUCAAGCUUGACGUGCGCUACAAACCGAGACUGUCCUUGGCGGCUGGACAGAACUUGGACAUGGAGGACAUCAAGGAGGGCGACGACGUUUACUUCGAGUGUGGUAUCCAGGCCAACCCUAGAGUCUACAAAGUCCAGUGGUUUCAUAACGGCCUGGAGCUGAGCCACAAUGUGUCAGCGGGAGUGAUAAAAAGUAACCAGAGUUUGGUGCUGCAGCGAGUCAGUCGGGAUUCCACUGGGGAGUAUACUUGUUCCGCGGCCAACCUGGAGGGUUCUGGGGACUCCAACGCCGUCCAUCUUAGUGUCAAGUUCGCUCCCACGUGUCGGCCGAGUCAGAAGGUGGUGUACGGUGCAGGGAAGCACGAGCAACUCAAUGUUACCUGCAGUGUCGAGGCCCAUCCAGAGCCCACCACCUUCAGAUGGGCGUUCAACAGCUCGUCAGAAGUGAUGGAGAUUCCUGGUAGUAAAACGUGGGUGCUGGGUGAUGGUGUCAGCCAGGUAUCCUAUACACCUCGCACACACCUGGACUACGGAUCCCUCCUCUGCUGGGCCACCAAUGACGUCUCCAGACAGAACCAACCUUGCAUCUAUCACAUCAUACACGCCUCGCCCCCUGAUCCUGUCAACAACUGCACUGUAGAGAACAUCAGCUCGACGAGCGUGGGCGUGAGGUGUCAAGCGGGGUGGGAUGGCGGGCUCACCCAGACCUUCACUCUCUCCGUCAGUCACGCCCGCGCUCAUACCCGCGGCCACGACACCAAGAAGGCCCCACGGGUCCUGGCCAACACCUCCACCUCCCCUCGACCAGAGUUUAAUUUGGCGGGGCUUCAGGCUGGGACCGAGUAUGUCCUCACUAUCCUGGGUGUCAACAAGAAGGGGCAGAGUGAACCCGUCAGACUGGCUAUAUUUACCCUGAAGGAUGUGGCUGAGAAGCGUACCAGCCCAGGUGUAGGGAUGGUGAACCUGACGCCUAUAGUGGGUGUGGUGGUGGGUGUGGUGACAUCGGUGGUGGUGACAUGUGUGGUAAUAGUGGUAGUGGUGAAGUCACGUCGUCGGCGAGUGUCCCGGCCUGAGGUGAAGAUGGUGUACGACAAAGCGUCCAGUAGCCCCUCACAGCUCAGGGGCCAAGAGGAACCCCCAGACAGUGACGACCAAAACCCUGACCUGAUCCCUGUCAACCAUGACCAGCAGAUGAAGGACACGACCCAGGAGUACAGUGAAGAGGCUCUGACCGACACCCAGCCGCAGGAACCCGACCACCUCCACCACCUGCAGCGGCACGAACUACAGCACCACGAUAUGCAACUACAUGAACUGCAACAGAAUGAUUUACAGGACGAUUUCAAACAAAACGACCUGCAGAGUGACCUGCAACACAGUGACCAGCAGGAUGAUUUGCAACAACAUGAUGUGCACCAACGUGACUUGCAGGACGACCUUCAGAAUAACCUGCAACAUCGGGACCCACAGGGUGAAAUACAGCAGCAUGAUAUACAUCAGUACGACCUGCAGCAACACGAUCCGAUGAUGAAAGAGCCUUACGGGCCCUACUACAUGAACCCCAGCAGGCUCCUCCGGCAGGCCUCAUUGCCCACGAGGGAGGGCGACCCACUGCUGCUGCUGGGCCGCUCGCUGGUGGCUUCCACGCCCACGGGCUGCAUCAUGCAACCCACCACCUACCCCCACGACCUAGCUUCAAGUCAUGCCCUCCCAACCUACCCCCACGACAUGUCUUCCACACCCACCUCCCCGUCAUACCCACACGAUAUGUCGUCCAUGCAGGCGCCCCUGACCUACCCCCGUGACAUGUCUUACACCCCUACCCCCCCCUCCUUCCCCCGGGGACAGUCCCUCCUACCACUCUCUUACGCUCAUCACCUCUCUACUACAACACUUCCCAAGUCCUACUCCCGCGAUAUGGGCUCCUCCUCAUCAUAUGCUCAGGGUCUUCCUUCACGUUCCUACGCCCACCACCGUCUUAGCCUGGGCAGGAACGACCUUUUGUCUUUAGAGCGGGUAACUCCUUCCUUCUCAUCUACACGACGCGGGUCGGCGUCCACCGUGGCCCUCAACCCCGACCAUGAGUCUCCCCUCCCCAUCGGCCCGCUGGCCAGUCCUCUCGGGAGGGCUGAAGACAUCAACUCCAGUCAGCGGGAGAGUUCGGUGUAGUUCCCGAGUCGUCAGAGCUGUCGGGUCCUCAGACUUAAACAGUCAGGAUUCAGAUCAUCUCAGAUAAGUAGAUCAUCACCAGCAGCCAUGGCCUGCAGCUGAAACAUCACGGAAAUGCAGCUGCAGUAAUCACCAGAAACAGCAGCUGCAACAGUUACCAUGGCCAGGAGCUGCACCGGUUUACAAAGUCAGCAGUUGCUGCAAUCUACAGGGUCAGCAGAUGCACCGAUCUCCUGGGUCAGCAAGUGCACCAACAUACAAGUCAACAGCUGCACAGAUCUCCAAGCCAACAGCUUCACAGAUCUCCAGGACCAACAGCUUCACAGAUCUCCAGGCCAACAGCUUCACAGAUCUCCAAGCCAACAGCUGCACAGAUCUCCAGGCCAACAGCUGCAUUACUAUCUGAGGACAGCAUCGGCACAAAUCUUACAACAACAAACAAACAUUUUAUAAUUAUUUGUAAAUGUUAAUAAAAAAAAAAAACUUUCUGAUAACUAUGUGCAGUAGCGAGAAUCACGAUGACAUAUAAUCCUCCUGCUGUGAGAGACCAUUGAUGGAUACACCCUUACAAAGACUUAUUUUUAGCUAUUCAGAAAGAAACAAGAAGGUGAGUCUCAUCAAUAUUUUAUAUCAGAAAAGACAAAGGACACAGAAUCUCCCCUUGACAAUGAUGUGGAUAUUUGUGUUCAGGAAAUAAUAUUUUCGUGGGAGAAAUAUGUCAUUUCCUUCUAGAGAGGAAACUUGGCGUAAAAAAAGGGGGGGGUGGGUGGGAGUGAGGGAAGCUCGUCACUAGUUUCCGCGGUGACGAGGUUUACUGUACAGUGGUAGGGUAUGUGUGGUGUGUAGAGGAUCCUUCAUCAGCACUGAGGGAGCAAGGUGUUGUUAUGGUGUUGCUGACUGACUGACUGACUCUAUCUAGCCUGCCAACCAGCCAACCUCUUUUGAUUGUUGUUUUCUCUCUCUCUCUCUCUCUCUCUCUCUCUCUCUCUCUCUCUCUCCUUUUGUAUGUCUUUCUCUCUUCAUUAUCCAGUACUUGUCUGCUCUUGAAUAAAGAUAAAUGUAGUA